CUGUUAAAAAUGACUGGAAGACUGUUGACUAUUCAUGUGCCUACAUCAUUCUCCCCCUUCGAUUCAAUUGCGUGACUUCACCAACGGAAUUCGUUAUCUUUGAUCCAAUAAAACAAUCUGGUAGUUAUCAAAUCGACAAAACCCUAAUAAUCGUGUAAUGAUUUGAUUGAAUAAAACAACCUUGUAGUAAUGACCGGGAACGAGUUUCGAUUCUUCUUGUCUUGCGACAUCAAUCUUCCACUCACUUUCAGAAUCGAAAAGUUAGAAGGCCAUUUAUCCUCCACUAAUACCUCUAGUCCAGCAGAUCGCGGUGUGGAGGACAAAAAACCCGAGCUUUAUGUUGAGUGUGCUUUGUACAUUGAUGGCGCUCCGUUUGGGCUUCCCAUGAGAACUAGGCUAGAAUCUUCCGGUCCACCAUUUUGCUGGGGUGAACUAAUUACAUUGAGUACCAAAUAUCGAGACUUGACUGCCAACUCUCAACUUGCAGUAACUGUUUGGGAUGUUUCAUGUGGGAAAAAUGAGGGUGUGGUUGGUGGGGCAACUAUCCGUCUCUUUAACGUGAAAAAACAACUCCGAACGGGGAAGCACAAACUUAGGCUUUGGCAAGGCAAGGAAGCGGAUGGAUCGAUUCACUCUACUACUCCCGGAAAGGUUCCUAAAGAGGAGCGCGGGGAACUGGAGCGUUUGGAGAAGCUUGUGAAUAAGUAUGAAAGAGGGCUUAUCCAGCGAGUCGAUUGGUUGGACCGUCUUGCUUUUAAAGCUAUGGAAAAAAUCAAGGACCUUGAAAGCAGUAAAAACGGAAGCUCUCAUUUGUAUGUUAUUAUUGAUUUCUGCAGUUUUGAACAUCGUGUUGUUCUUCAGGAAUCGGGGCCGAAUUUGUUAAUACCGGCAUCCAUAACCUCAACUAAUGAACUGGUUACUGUGUGGGACCCGGAAGUGGGGAAAAUCAACCCUUCCGAGCACAAGCAACUGAAGCUGGCAAGGAGUUUGAAUCGUGGUAUUAUUGAUAGAGAUCUUAAGCCCAGUUCUAAUGAAAGGAAGUCAAUACAAAGGAUAUUAAAGUACCCACCAACACGAACAUUAAGUGGAGAUGAGAGACAGUUGUUGUGGAAAUUUCGCUUCUCAUUAAUGUCAGAGAAACGGGCUCUAACAAAGUUUUUGCGUUGUGUUGAGUGGAGUGAUCUUCAGGAAGCAAAGCAGGCCAUUGAAUUGAUGGGUAGGUGGGAAAUGAUCGAUGUAUGUGAUGCAUUAGAGCUGUUAUCUCCUGUUUUCGAGAGUGAGGAGGUUCGUGCACAUGCUGUCCGUGUUCUCGAAAGAGCUGACGAUGAAGAACUCCAGUGUUAUUUACUUCAUCUGGUUCAAGCUUUGCGGUUUGAACGCUCUGAUAAAUCUUGUCUUUCUCAAUUUCUCGUGCAACGUUCAUUAUCCAACAUCGAAAUUGCUAGCUUCCUUAGGUGGUAUGUUGCUGUUGAACUUCGUGAUCCUGCUUAUGCAAAACGUUUCUAUUCUACCUACGAAAUGCUGGAAGAAAAUAUGAUAAAGUUGGGAAUGGGGGCCCGUGACGGUGGGGACGUCUUUCGGUUAUGGCAGAGUCUCGUUCGCCAGACGGAACUAACAGCUCAGCUUUGUUCUAUAACGAGAGACGUGAGAAACGUACGAGGCGGAACUCAAAAGAAGAUCGAAAAGCUCCGGCGUCUGCUUUCUGGCCUUCUUAGCGAACUUACGUACUUUGAGGAGCCUAUACGAUCACCUUUGGCACCUACUGUUCUUAUCACCGGUAUUAUUCCAUCGGAUUCAUCAAUAUUUAAAAGUGCGUUGCAUCCUUUACGCCUUGCGUUUAGAACAUCUGACGGUGGAUGUUUGAAGAUCAUUUUCAAGAAAGGGGAUGAUCUUCGACAGGAUCAGUUGGUUGUUCAAAUGGUAUCACUUAUGGACCGUUUGCUUAAACUGGAAAAUCUUGAUCUACAUUUAACACCUUACAGGGUGUUAGCCACUGGCCAUGAUGAAGGCAUGAUGGAAUUCAUACCAUCCAAGACGUUAGCUCAGAUUCUUUCAGAGCACCGAAGUAUCACAAGCUACUUGCAGAAGUUUCAUCCGGAUGAAGAGGGACCGUUUGGGAUUACUGCCACGUGUCUUGAAACGUUCAUUAAAAGUUGUGCUGGCUACUCGGUGAUCACAUACAUACUCGGCAUUGGAGACAGGCACCUUGAUAAUCUUCUACUUAGGGAUGAUGGGCGCCUUUUUCAUGUUGAUUUCGGUUUUAUUUUGGGUCGUGAUCCAAAGCCAUUCCCGCCACCUAUGAAGCUUUGCAAAGAAAUGGUGGAGGCUAUGGGUGGAGCAGAAAGCCAAUAUUAUACGAGGUUCAAAUCCUAUUGUUGCGAGGCAUAUAACAUCCUUCGCAAAUCGAGUAACUUAAUAUUGAACCUCUUUCAUCUGAUGGCUGGCUCUAACAUUCCAGAUAUAGCUUCGGAUCCUGAAAAAGGCAUUUUAAAGCUUCAAGAGAAGUUUCGGUUGGACUUGGAUGAUGAAGAGUGUAUACAUUUCUUCCAGGAUCUUAUUAACGAGAGUGUUAGCGCGUUGUUCCCACAAAUGGUUGAGACCAUUCACCGGUGGGCACAGUACUGGAGAUGAUCAUCAAUCAUUUACAGGUUGCAAAGGGCUUCUGGAUAGACAAACCGAUAUAGAAUUGUAAAUAAUACUUAUAUUUACAUAUAUUAUUGGUUUAGUUAGUUUGUAAAAAGUUGGCAUCAGGGCUGAUCAAUUAUAAAUGUAUGAUGUGUAAUAAAUAAAUAUAGGCAUCUUUACAUUUUUAAGUUAAUACCAAACACAGUUUCAUACAGAUUA